AAUGAUAAUGCUUCGUUCGUUGCAUUUGGGUGGAGGGUUUGUUUGGGAGAGAAUCGAGAAUCGGAGGGAAAGGAGUGAGUAUGUCGGUGAAUCUGACGGCAAACGCGAUUCCUGCUAUCGUUGGCGGCGACGUGAACGCGAAACCGCUGGUUCAGGUUAUGGAGAUUACGUUAGUCUCCAACCGCAAUAACUCCCAGCAACAGCGAUACCGUCUUCUGCUUUCCGACGCCGUUUCGUGUCACCACGCGAUGAUCGCCAUUCAGCUUAACGACCGAGUCCGAACCAACCGAGUGAAGAAGGGUUCCGUUGUUCAGCUUCUCGACUAUAUAUGCUCUCAUCUCAAGAACCGCAAGAUUAUUAUGGUUCUCAACAUGGAAACUAUAAUACUCGAUUGUGAGAUCAUUGGGAAUCCUAAGCCAUUUAUGGAUUCUGAUUUACCAACUCCGAGAGCCUUGGCUGAUAACAGUAACACUGUGGAGAAUUUGCCCAGGGUUAAUAAUAAUAAUAAUAAUUCUGCUGCUCAAAAUGCAAGUCAUAAUAAUGGGCAGGAUUUCAGGCCAACGGUUCAACCUCCAUAUCAGCCGCGUCCAGUUUACAAAGGCCGCGGUGCAAUUGUGAAAAAUGAGGCACCAGCACGCAUCAUUCCUAUAGCUGCUUUAAAUCCUUAUCAAGGUCGGUGGGCCAUCAAGGCAAGGGUAACUGCUAAAGGGGAUCUGCGCCGCUAUAAUAACGCCCGUGGUGAUGGGAAAGUCUUCUCAUUUGAUCUCCUUGAUUCUGAUGGAGGUGAAAUUCGAGUAACCUGCUUUAAUGCUGUUGUGGAUCGCUUCUAUGAUACAAUUGAGGUUGGUAAAGUUUACUUGAUAUCCAAAGGUAGCUUGAAACCUGCACAGAAGAAUUUCAACCAUUUGAAAAAUGAAUGGGAGAUUAUUUUGGAUUCAACUUCAACGGUUGAGCUUUGCCCAGAUGAGGAUGGUUCUAUACCUACACAGCAGUUCUCCUUCAGGCCUAUAAGUGACAUUGAAAAUGUUGACAAUAAUGCCAUCCUUGAUGUUAUUGGGGUAGUGACUUCUGUGAAUCCUUCAGUUCCCAUCUUGAGGAAAAAUGGAAUGGAAACCCAGAGAAGAAUUUUGAGUCUAAAAGACAGUUCUGGCAGGAGUGUUGAACUUACACUGUGGGGUGAAUUCUGCAACAGGGAAGGACAAAAACUGCUAGAGAUGGUGGAUAGUGGGCUUUUCCCAAUUUUGGCAGUCAAAGCUGGGAAGGUUAAUGAGUUUAGUGGAAAGUCUAUAGGCUCGAUAUCUACCACACAGCUUUUCAUAAAUCCUGAUUUCCCUGAGGCUCAUCACUUAAGAGACUGGUUCAAUCAUGUGGGUAAAGAUUCUGCAUCCGUAUCAAUUUCUAAGGAUAUUAUUCCUGGAGGGCCAAAGAAUGAGAUACGCAAAACUGUGUAUCAAAUCAAGGAUGAAGGUCUGGGGCGGUCAGACAAGCCAGACUGGAUAACAGUGAGGGCAACCAUAUCAUUUAUCAAGACCGAUUCAUUUUGCUACACAGCUUGCCCUCUGAUGAUUGGGGAUCGACAGUGCAAUAAGAAAGUAACUAGGUCAGGAAACACAAGAUGGCAAUGUGAUAGAUGCAAUCAAGAGUUUGAGGAGUGUGAUUACCGAUACCUUCUCCAAGCUCAAAUUUUGGAUUGCACGGGAUUAACUUGGGUAACUGCUUUCCAGGAAGCAGGGGAAGAGAUUAUGGGGUACUCAGCGAAGGACCUGUACUUGUUGAAGUAUGAACAGGAUGAUGAUGAGAGGUUUGGAGAAAUUUUCAAGAGUAGACUUUUCAACCAGUUUGUAUUUAAGCUGAAAAUCAAAGAGGAAUUAUAUGGCGAUGAACAAAAGGUGAAGAUUACUGUAGUCAAGGCAGAUAAGGUGAAUUAUUCUUCAGAGAGUAGAUACAUGAUUGAUUUGAUUUCCAAAUUUUGUAGGCAGUAAUUGAAUUGUAGCUUGGUAUCAGCAUCUUUUUAUGCGAUGAGCCAUACCGGUUAGUAUUAAUGUACAAGCUUUACUUAGAAUCGGGUCAUUAGUGAUUGAGUUGCUUAAUGAUUUGUAUGCCCAUUGUAAAACAUACCUUUAGAUACCAUUAGUUCAAAUUUCUUAAUUUUCUGUUUCCUUUUUUGGGGGAUAUGUCUUCUUAUCAUUUUCACAUAGGAACAUCUAUAUAUUGGGACAUUUCAUUGCUCCCAGUGUUAGCUCACAUCUCUAUGAUCAAACUAUUGUCGAUUCAUCAACUAUUGUUCUUCUUACUCUUUGAUCCAUCCUAAUUGUCUGUCAGUUUCAUAUUCCAGAAAGUUCUUUUAGAGUUGUAUUAUUUCAAAAUGUUAAUCUACCAUUGGUCUGCUAGUUAAUUUCGUUCUUAUGCAUCAGAAACAUGUAAUUAAUCUGUUUCUAUAAUAUGCCAAAAAGAAAUUACACUUUAAGAAUUGAAAAGCUUCUGCUUAAGUGAAGCACAAGAGUCAAAUAUUAGUACACAAAACAGAGGGUUCAGUUCAUUACUGAAUAGCAUUACAGAUACAUAUCAUGAUAGGAGGGGGAAAAGGUAAAAGUAAAAAUAAGCAGCGCCUCAGAAUUUCACUAGCUUCGCUUGACGGGAUCGAAAUUGGAAACACCGAUCACGGCACCGACUAUGACAGCAAGCACAACUCCACCAGCCACGAUGCUGAG